UUUACAAUUACCUGCGUACAUAGUAGAAUUAAAUAAAGUGAACUUAAUAGAUACCUACCUAUGAAGAGAUUCGUUACAAUUAUUAAAGUGUAAAAUAUGUGUUAUUUUGUAUUGGUGUAGACAAGUAUUUUCAACGCAUUUUAGAUUGAUUACAAUUGAAUUUACAGAUAUUUCUAAUAAAUGAAGUUUGUGGGCUUUAAAAUGAUUAUUAUCAUCGCAUUGUCCUUAAUCGGAUCGGUUGUUAAUUCGCAAGAAACUAGCGAAUUCAAACUACCUACUAAUUUCAAACCCGUCAGCUAUGAACUGAAUGUGGUCACGCACUUGGAGGAUAAAUUUAUGUUUGAAGGAGUAGUUUGUAUUCGCAUGACAUGCGUAGGAGCUACCGAUACCAUAGUGUUGCAUUCGACCAGUUUGAACAUCGAUACCAAAAGUGUUGUUGUGGCCAACGGUGGUGAAAAUGUCAUCCCAGUGAGCAAUGUGUCUUUUGAUACGGAUAAAGAACUUAUGCACGUCACGUCAACCGUAAACUUUAAGCCCUGUGAUGAAUACGUGCUAACUAUACCAUUUACCGGAAACCUCACCGACGAUCCAGUAGGUUACUAUAGAAAAAGCUACGUAGACAAGGAAAGCAAUCUAACGAGAUGGUUAGCUGUAACAUAUUUCGAGCCAUUGGGCGCACGAAGAGCUUUUCCCUGUUUGGACGAGCCUGGGUAUAAAGCAACCUUCAAGAUAAGAUUGAGUCAUAAAAAAGGAUUGACUUCGAUAAGUAAUAUGAAACUUAUGAAUCAAAUAAACUGCCCUUCGUAUUCAGAUUAUGUUGUCGAUGAAUUCGAAGAAUCUCCACCGAUGUCUACUUAUUUAGUAGCAUACAUGGUGUCAGAUUUUGUAUACAUUGAUGCAAAUAGUGAAAAUGACCAAGUGAAGUACCGUAUUAUAUGCAGGAAGGACUUAGCCAAUCAAACAGAAUUUUCCAUUAACUUGGGACCGAAGGUCAUAAAAUACUACGAGGAUUAUUUCGAUGAAAAAUUUCCGCUGCACAAACAAGACAUGGCGACCAUACCCGAUUUUCCUACAGGGACUAUGGAGAAUUGGGGUCUCAUCACACUUCAAGAGUCUUCUUUGUUAAUUGAUCUGGACGUGAACACAAUUGAUGACGUAUAUUCGGUAGCCCGACUCGUCAUUCACGAUCUGGCUCAUCAAUGGUUUGGUAAUCUCGUUACCAUGAAAUGGUGGACCGGCCUUUGGUUGAAUGAAGGAUUUGCCGAGUAUGUAGGAAUUCGCGCAGUGGAUUUCAUGUUCCCCGAAUGGAAAUCUUUCCAAGUCAAAAACCUUAGAAACUUUUUACUCGUUUUGGACCCCGAUUCGCUUCAAUCAGCACGCCCCUUGUCGGUAGCUAUCGGAAAGCCCGAUGAAAUAGCACCAAUUUCGGGGGACCCGAUAACGUUCGCAAAGGGACCAAUUUUGUUGCACAUGAUGAACACAUUCCUUGGCGAGAAUACGUUCAAACAAGGCAUUAGAAACUACAUACACAAAUACAAAUUUUCCAACGCUGAACAGGAUGACUUGUGGUGCUCAUUGACGGAGGAAGCACACCGACAAGGAACAUUGGACAAAAAUCUAACCGUAAAACAAAUAAUGGACUCAUGGACGUUGCAAACCGGUUAUCCCGUAUUGAAUGUCAUCCGGGAUUAUUCUGCGGGCACGGUUACAUUGUCCCAGGAAAGGUAUCUAUCGAUCAAAUCAAACGGUACGGACAACAAAACCUGUUGGUGGAUACCAAUCACUAUGACAACUUCUGGGGACAUUAACCAGACAAAUGCGACAUUCUGGUUGAAUUGCGAAAACAACAACCUCACCACACCAUUGGCUAAAGACAACGAGUGGGUCAUCUAUAACAUGCAGAUGACCGUUUUAUUCAGAGUGUUUUACGAUACACGAAACUGGAUGGGUAUCAUUUGUACGCUGAACGAUCCAACCAAAUACGAAACUAUACCCACGUUAAACAGAGUACAGUUGAUCCUUGAUUCACUUAGCUUUUCACAAGUCGGUGACAUGGACUACGAAAUCACGUUCCAACUUUUGAAAUAUCUAAAACACGAAAAACAGUAUUCACCGUGGUUUGCUGCUCUCUUCAGUUUGAGACGGAUUGAUAAUUUACUGAAAAGGACUCCGAAACGUGCAGUGUUCCAAAACAAUAUGCGUGAUAUAUUGUCGUGUAUAUAUAACAAAUUCAGGAACAUGGACGAUAAAGUUAAUGGUUAUGAAAACAUAAAAUUUCAAAAUCUCGUGAUUUCCAAUGCCUGCGAAUACCAAACAAAGGACUGUAUCCAACGGGUUCUGGACUUGUUUAGAAAAUGGAUGAAAAGUAUAGACCCAGACAAUAAUAAUAUAUUGCCUAUAGAACUGAAAUACCCUAUUUACAUUCAAGCUAUAAAAUAUGGAGGUGUAGAAGAAUGGAAUUUUUUAUGGAAACGUUAUCAGCGUUGCAAUUUAAGGAGUGAACAAAAAUAUAUGAUGCUUGCAUUAGCAAGUACUUCAAUAGAAUCGUUACUACAGAGAUAUUUGAAUUGGUCACUUGAUGAUUCUUUUAUUCCCAAAGAAGACGCAUCCCUAGUAUUCUACUUUAUAACGUUAAAUGAAGCUGGAUUUUUAUUAGCAAAAGAAUUUUUUUAUUGCAAAAUUUCAGAAAUAUAUGAAUACUACCAACGUCAAGACUAUAGUUUAAGUGAAUAUGUAAGUGAUAUUGCGUCUCAAAUGAAAACUAAAGAAGAAUUAGAAGAGAUCCAAUCAUUUAUUAUUAAAUCAUCAUGUUACUUUAAAGAACCUGAUUUGAUUAUCGAUGACACAAUUGAGACUAUUAAGAGUAACAUUGAAUUGACAUCGAAGUUUUAUAAUAAAAUUGAACUGGGCCAUUUUGAUUUGUUUCGGAUUGGCUGGGUAUUGGACCGUGAAUCUCGCAACAGCCAAUUACACCGCUUUCCAAAUCCCUAUGGAUAUAAACACGAAAGUCAACUGAUAAAAAAUAUAAUUAGUGACCAGAGUACUCUUUGAACUAAAUUAUACCUGGCAGAAUAUACAUCGUUGCUGUGCAACAACUGAUCACCUGAAUUUUGAUCUCCAAGCUCUAGCCUGUUGCACGUCCUCGCCAUAAUACGAUGACAUGUUCGCAUCAGACAAAAUCAUUAGGUGCAAAUUCAACUUUUGACUUGGGGAGCUGAAUAUAAUUAAAGCAAGCAGACUAUUGCAACAUAUGUAACGGUUAAGUUUUAUGCAUUUUCCUAUUAAAAAACUAUAGUAAAAUAUAACACAUAUUUUAU